AUGCGUUCCAACGGAACAAUCACCACACCCGAGCGUCCGUACAGGCCAUGGUGGAAAGCCGAGCAAGUCCAGCAAGCACUCGAGCGCGGUACAGUGGUGGCAGGAGAACUUCGUGUGAACGCCAAACAACCUGGGGAAGCUUUCGUGCGCAGCGUGCACCACAAAAGAGAUAUCUUUAUCCAGCGGGAGCAGCUUCGCAACCGAGCGCUCGACGGAGACCUCGUUGCCGUGUUGGUAAAGACGCGUCCACGACGCAACAGCAACUCAGCAGCAGUACCAGUAGCAGUUCAGGACUCGUGUUCCGAGCCGUCGACCUCUGACGGGUCGUCGCUCGGAGCCAGCGCCGAACUCGAACGUGACAAGGCGCUAGGAACACUGCCUCUGGGUCAACCGAGGACGCACCUGGAGCCGGCCGAAGGCCCAGAACCCGAACACCUAUGCGGGCGAGUCGUUGCUGUUUUGGAGCGCCACCGACCCCGAUACAUAUUUGGGCGAGUGGAACGACACGAUUCACUUCUGUGUUUGUCACCAGAUGAUCGACGUCUACCAAGGUUUCAAAUCGAGCUGGUUGGCUUCUGCGCUCGCGCUAGGGAACGCCUGUAUCGAAGCGUUGGUCAUCUAGCUGUCGCAACGUUCACGGGCCGUUGGCAUACACACGACACCUUCCCGCGGUGUGCGCUCUUGCGACUCUGGGACGAGAGCGAUGACCUCGCUGCUGGCAUGUCGCUUAUUCGCUACAAGUUUUCUGUACCACCGGCUACGGCCUCGUGCUGGAUACCGCUUUCGAAAGCAGUUGCCUGGGAUGCAUCCGCUGCGGGUACCGCUUGGGAUGCCUGCUCAAAAAGUCAUAACAUUCGUGACUGGCGCGACGCUGUUCGGGCGUUCACCAUCGACCCGGAGACGAGUCGCGACCUCGACGAUGCGCUGUCGGUGCGCUGGGAUCCCGAUGCAAAUGGGUACCGCGUUGGCAUCCAUAUCGCAGACGUGUCGGCCUAUGUACAAACUGGGACCCUAUUGGAUGAGGAGGCAGCACGCCGAGGCACUAGUUUCUACUUUAUGGACCAUGCAGUACCGAUGUUGCCGCCAGCGCUUAGCGAAGACCUCUGCUCGCUGCUCCCCGGACGCGAUCGACGAACCGUAUCGGUAGAGAUUCUGCUGACAACAGAUGGGACAGUGCAGGGUGAGCCCUGGAUCGGUCGCGGGCUUAUCCGGAGUUGCGCCAAGCUCUCGUAUCAGCAGGUCCAGCGGAUCCUGCGGGAUCGGGAUCCGUCUCAAGUUUCCGAUCCGUUGAUAGCGGACGUGCAUCUCCUGUACCGUUUGGCAAUGCAGAGGCGGCAACAGCGACGCGCUCGGGGCGCGCUCCUACAGUUUCAACGCCAGCUGUCGCUGGAGCGAGUGCGCGCUAUUCGUUCAUUCGCGAACCUGAAGAAGACGGGCGAACCAGACGGUGCACAUUGGCUCGUGGAGGAAUUCAUGCUCCUGGCGAAUGAACAGAUCGCGAGGUUCCUCCAGCGGCACUGUCCCCGGGAGGCACUCCUGCGACGUCAUCCGCCGUUCGAUAAAACGCUCGUGGAGCGUAUUACCCAGUGGGCGACAAAGCGAGGCCUCGCAUUCACAGCAAGCGAUACGCAAGCGCUCCAAACGAGUCUGGAUGCGCUAGCGGACACAGCACCGAUCGCAAUGAUCGUUCUCCGCAACAAACUUACCAAGGCGAUGGCGACUGCUGAAUACAUCUGUGCUGGUGCCUUUGACGAUGCAGCCGCUUACCGUCACACUGCACUCGACCUGGAUGUGUAUACGCAUUUUACCAGCCCGAUACGGCGCUAUGCGGACAUCAUUGUGCACCGACAGGUGCUUUCGGUGUUGGACGCGCCAAGUGAGGCACGGUCUGGUUCCCAGAAGCCGGUUGCUCAGCAGGUCGAAGCCGUCUCCGCGAUCGCUGCACACUGCAACCAGCGCAAGAAGGAUGCCGACGCUGCGGAGUCGGCGGCUGCUUGGCUCCAUCUCGCACAAGAGCUCCAGGUCGAGCCGCUCGAGUGCGAUGCGAUCAUUGGGGGUUUCCCGAACAGUUGCCGUUGCUUGGAUGUAUAUGUACCAGUUCUGGACCUGGAGGUCGUACUGGACUUUACAAGGGACCUCGGCGCUUCGGUUUGUCUGCAGACCAGGGAUCCAGUGACAGGUCUGGAGGAGCUCGAACUCGAAUGGCCAGUGCAUAUACUGAGACCGUACGGCCUGGAUGAGGCGCGCACGUCGUUCAUUGUGGGGCUCGGCAAGUCGAGCGGGACCCAUCCCGCCGCCUCACUGGUGUCAGAGGCGUGGACGAUCCGAGUGCGUCUCCGAGAACUCGAUACCUGUCGAGUACUCGUUUCGGGGGAGACUCGACCCUAUGUCCACGCUCGCGUGCAGCUGAUUCUAGACAGAUGCAGUCCAGCGGACGCGCAGCGAUACGUUCUGCGAGUUGCAAGCGUGCCGUGCCUAUUGACGGAAAGCGACCACGACUUGCUCGACUAG